AUGGCAUUCAACAAGGAAAGCAUCCAGGGUGGUGGCGAGUCUGGGGAUGAAAGGGGCAGCAGGGCUGGCGCCGUCAAAGACAAUACCAAGGAUGCAAAGGAACCUCACCUAGGCGACCAUUCCGACGAGGCAACAUUCCUUCGAAAUAUCACUGCUGACAUCCGGGACCAAGAUGAUCUGGAGCGUGACAUCACCACACAGGCCAACGUUGCUUUGAUUGAAGCAGAAGACAAGAAGGAUAAGCAGCGCAUCGAGAAACUGGAGGCAAACAAAGAAAAGCUCGAGGCCAAGAGGACCGAGCAGCAAAAGAAACUGGAAGGGGCUCGUCGUAACCCAUACCAGUCGCGGACAAUUCAGAAGGAAAUCGACAAGCUUGACCUUGAGAUUGACGGCGUCAUCAACGACAUUGCCGAUUGCCAAGCCCGCAUCGAUGCGAGGCAAGAGGAGGUUACAGUCAUCGAGGAUCCUGUUAAGAGCAAGUCCCGAAGACUCCCGGGCGAGUCGAACCGAGAGUUCCUCGUCCGAACUGGAAAGAUCACACCAUUCGCCAACAUUGGUGGCGAGCGGCCGGCUGGGUUUGAAGGCGAUCUUGCGGAUGUCCUCGUCGAGGCCGAGGAAGAUGCGGCAGCGGAGGAAUUCCAGAGCGAUGACGAAGAGCCCAAGUCUCACCAAGUGCUGCGGAUGCCCGGGUUUACAGAGCAGCCCGAGACCGCGCUCACUCCUGUUGAGAGCGAAUUCUCUCUGCGCCCUAGAAAGAAGCGCAAGACGGAAGAGGAUGCAUCUUCCGACGACUUUGAUCCAGCGGCCGCCAGUUCGCCAGAGAGUCAGUACGCAUCCGACACGAGCGAGGAAGAGGCGACUGGCCGCAAGCGAAGGAAGGGCAAGGCGAAGAAGAAGUCCGCAGACGCCACAGUCACCGUUGGUGGCACAAAGGUAGAUUUGAGCAGCGUUGAUGAUGGAAACGAGGCAGUGUACCAAGCACGUCUUGCCGAUUGGGUCAGAAGACGCAGUAGAGCACGCCAACAUCGAACCGGUAUUGACGGAGAGCCUGCGGCUCAGGAUGACGGCGAAGAAGAGUGGUUCAAGCCUUCGCCUGACCACCCAGAUCACGAAUUCGGUAACAACCUGAGGCUCCCCGGGGACAUUCAUCCGUCGCUUUUCGCCUAUCAAAAGACCGGUAUCCACUGGCUUGCAGAGCUCUAUGAGCAGGGUGUUGGCGGCAUCAUCGGUGACGAGAUGGGAUUGGGAAAGACAGUGCAGGCAAUCGCAUUCGUUGCGGCGCUGCAUUAUAGCAAGAAGCUUGACAAGCCCGUCAUUGUCGUCGUCCCUGCGACAGUGAUGCAGCAGUGGGUCAACGAGUUUCACCGAUGGUGGCCCGCCUUGCGAGUGUCGAUUCUACACUCGUCAGGCAGCGGCAUGGUGAACGUGAAUGAGGAUGAUGACGAUGAAUCCCACUACAGGAGUGGCAGGAAUGGCGCUGCGGCGCAUCAUAUCGUCAAGCGCGUUGUCAAGCAUGGUCAUGUCCUGGUCACGACCUACGCCGGCUUGCAGUCCUACGAGGACGACCUCUUGUCUCAGGAAUGGGGAUAUGCGAUCCUCGAUGAAGGUCACAAGAUCCGGAACCCGAACGCAGAGGUCACCAUUGCAUGCAAGAAGCUCAACACCCCGCAUCGAUUGAUCCUCUCUGGCACACCAAUCCAGAACAAUUUGGUCGAGCUUUGGUCACUGUUCGAUUUCAUCUUUCCCAUGCGACUGGGCACGCUCGUGAACUUCAGACACCAGUUUGAGAUGCCCAUCCGUAUGGGCGGCCACGCGAAUGCAACCAAUCUCGCGGUUUUGACGGCCGAGAAGUGCGCGACGACCCUCAAAGAGACCAUCAGCCAAUACCUUCUCCAGCGACUCAAGACCGACGUUGCGUCAGAUUUGCCAGAGAAGACCGAGCAGGUGCUCUUCUGUAAGCUGACCCCGGAGCAAAACGAGGAGUACGUCAGGUUCAUCCACUCCGAUGCCGUCUCCCAGAUCAUGGCCAGAAAAAGACAAGCUCUGUACGGCAUCGAUAUUCUGCGGAAGAUCUGCAAUCAUCCAGAUCUCGUCAAUGUGAGCAAGAAGAGCCAGCCGGGCUACGAUUGGGGAAGUCCCAGAAGAUCCGGCAAGUUACAGAUGGUGGGCGAACUCCUCCCGAUGUGGAAACGCUUCGGGCACAAGACACUCUUGUUCUCUCAAACCAAGAUCAUGCUUAACAUUCUUCAAGAGUUCAUUGGGAAGAUGGAGGGCAUGAGAUACCUUCGAAUGGAUGGCGAAGUGGCUGUAGAAAAGAGACAGGCCUUGAUUGACCGAUUCAACAACGACCCGUCGAUUGACGUCUUUCUCCUCACUACCAAGACAGGCGGGCUGGGUGUUAACCUGACUGGAGCAACCAGGAUCGUCAUAUACGACCCUGACUGGAAUCCGUCAACGGAUUUGCAGGCCAGAGAGAGAGCCUGGCGACUGGGCCAGACAAAACCUGUCGCGAUUUAUAGACUGAUGACAUCGGGCACCAUAGAGGAGAAGAUCUAUCACCGUCAGAUCUUCAAGCAAUUCAUGACGAACAAGGUCCUCAAGGACCCGAAGCAGCGGGCCAACUUCGACCUAUCCGACCUCUACGACCUCUUCAGUUUCGGCGACAACAGCCAUAGCAUGGCGAGCGCCAACAGAAGCAAAGUGUUCGAGGGUGCCGAGGUCAAAUUUGGCCAGCCGGAAGCUAACAAAAACCUGGAGAAGCCCUCCAAGAACGCGGUCCCCAUCUCCUCCGUCAAGGCCGACGACGAGGUUGACGCAGUCCGCAAACUUGCCGGCGUCGCCGGGAUGGAGGAGUUCACCGAGGACAAGGCUCCCGAAGACGAGAAACGCAUCACAGAAAGCCUAUUUUCCCGGACCGUCGAGAGCGCCUAUGAGCAUGACCAGAUUAUGAAUGGCAAGAAACGGGUGCAGGCGGAUCCGGCGAUGAACCAGCGAGAGGCGGGCAGGGUUGCCGCACAGGCGGCAGCUGCUCUCCGACAGGCGGGCGAGGUGGCGCGUCGCACGCCCAUCGGCACCGUCACCUGGACCGGCGAGGUCGGCGAAGCCGGCCGUCCCGUUGCGCAGCGUCGACGCGGAGGAGCGAGCUCCUCAGCCAUCAUGUCUUCAUUGGCUGACCGCCAGGGACUCAGCCGGCCGGCCAGCGGGCCGAGUUCGCGAUCGGGCACUCCCGGCGGCGUGGACAAGAAUCUCAAAGAGAAGGACUUCAUUCCUUUAAUCCAGACUUUCAUUAGGCGGCAAGGAGGCAAGGCGCCUUCCAAAAUGGUGGUGGAUCACUUCAACCCCUACUGCCAGAAGCCGAAGCAAAUCGAGGAGUUCAAGAGUGCCCUGGCCAAGGUGGCCGUGUUGAGCAAGUCUGGCGGCACUGGAAGGGGCAUUUGGAAUUUGAGGCCUGCUUACAAGUAG